UUUUAACUCUCUAUUCUUUUCCUACACACUGUCAUGCUGACUUGGAGAGAGAGAAAGCACAUCCACUGUGCUGUGUGACUGUUUUAGAGAGAGAGAGAGAGAGAGAGGGUGAGAUCAAGCGCAUUCGUACUCCAUUAAUGGAUUCAAGAGCAUUCGUACUCCAUUAAUGCUUCACAGCAAGAAAGCGUGACCUGUUGCUUUUUCACGGAGAGUCCUGUUUCAAAAUUCACCUAAUCAAACGAUACACUAAGCGAUCGAUUUCUUCUCUUCGAUGGAACUUAGUCAAGCGACGCUGGAGAUCUUCUCAAAGCUUGAGCAGAAGUGGCUCUCUCACUGCGAGGGCAAGAAGACGCGGAUUCUCAGCAUCGAUGGAGGAGGAACCACUGGUUUUCUUGCUGGAGCCGCCUUGAUACACUUAGAGGAUCAGAUCCGAGCUAAAACCGGCGAUUCUCAUUCUCGCAUUGCCGAUUUCUUCGACAUUGUCGCCGGAACCGGAAUCGGAGCUCUCUUCGCCGCAAUGCUGACUGCCGAAGACGGAAACGGACGUCCUCUCUUCACGGCUACAGACGCCGUCAAAUUCGUCACCGAAAAGCAGUCUGAACUGUAUAAGGUCAAACACGUCGGUGUUUUUCGCCGGCAACGGAGAUUUUCCGGCACGAACAUCGAUAAGGUGUUGAAGGAGGCAUUGACGAGAGAGGACGGUAAGGUGCUGACCUUGAAGGACACGUGUAAGCCUCUCCUGGUCCCUUGCUUUGAUCUCAAGAGCUCCGCGCCGUUCGUUUUCUCCCGAGCCGACGCGACCGAGUCGCCGAGUUACGACUUCGAGCUCUGGAAGGUGUGCCGUGCCACGUCAGCGACUCCGUCACUGUUCAAGCCGUUCAACCUAAGUUCCGUUGACGGAAAAACCUCAUGUUUGGCCGUCGACGGCGGUCUCGUCAUGAACAACCCCUCCGCCGCCGCCGUCACUCACGUUUUGCACAACAAACGUGAUUUCCCCUCCGUAAACGGCGUCGAAGACCUGUUAGUCCUCUCUUUAGGUAACGGUCCGUUAAACAGCACUUCUAGCCUCAAACUCAGUCGUAACGGCGACUGCUCAACGGCGUCAGUUGUGGACAUCGUUCUGGACGGAGUUUCGGAGACCGUCGAUCAAAUGCUUGGAAACGCUUUCUGUUGGAAUCGCACGGACUACGUCAGAAUUCAGGCAAACGGUGUGGCCAGCACGGAGGGAGCGUUGAAAGGGAGAGGCACGGAGUCGCUACCGUUUGGCGGGAAACGGCUGCUGACGGAGACUAACGGAGAGAGAAUCGAAAGUUUCGUGCAACGACUUGUUGCUUCGGGAAAGAGCAGUCUACCACCUAGUCCGUGCAAGGAGACCGCCGUUAGUCCUCUUCUGACUGCCGUUAGUCCUCUUGCUAACGGCCGUUAGUUUUGUCAAUGUCUUUUUUUCUUUUUCUUUUCAGUUAACCCCUUGUUCUGUUAUAACCUUCCUGGGGUUAACCGUUGUCUCCAGUGCUAAGUUAGAUAUCCAGAAUAAUAGUAGUGUCCUAUUGAGUAUUGCAUCUCACUUGCUUCUCUCUUUUAAUCCUCAACUAGUUCUAGUUCAGGUAUUGUAACAGUAUAGUAAUUAGAUUUUUAAAAUGUUUGAACAAAAUGAUCAUGACUGCUGUGAAGGAAGGCCGUACGGUUUAAUUUUGAUCCAAUGAAUUCAUGGAGGUGUAUGUAAGGCUGUAUAAAA